AUGGCGCCGGGGCUGGUGUUGCUCGGGGGCAUCGCCGGGGCCGUGAGGUCGCUGCCGUCGUUCGUCGUCGCCAGCGCCAGCGCCGCGUGGGACCCGACAAAUGGCGCCGCCGUCGCCGCCGUUGGGGAGAUUACCGCGACGGCGGCGCUGGAACACAUGAAGCGGGCGAUGAUGGCGGAGCGCACCGGCCGCAUGAUCCUCAAGACCCAGCCCUGCAUCACGGACGACGUGCUGGAGCUCGCCAGCCGCCAGCCGCCAGGGACCUUCGGGCACCGCUACGCGCUCUACAUGAACCACAACCACUUCCUUCCCAGCGGGCGUACCCCCGUCACCCGCAUCGAGGACCCGACGCUUGCGUACAUUAUGCGGCGCUACCGCGAGACACACGACUUUCUGCACGUCUGCGCCGGCUGCGGCCGCACUGUGGAGGAGGAGCUGGCCAUUAAGCUGCUGGAGUGGCGCCACACGGGACUUCCGCUUGGCCUCCUUGCGGUGCUUGGGGGCAUGCCGUCGCUUAGAAGGCAACAGAUAAAAAACAUGGCUCUUUACCGCGAAUGGGCGGAGCUCAAUGCGCCCAAUCAGCUUCACGGACAACGAAACAUUCCCUGCAUGCUUAAUGUCUGGUGGGAGUCAUACAUUGACAGGCCCUUUGAGGAAGUUUUAUCGGAGGUCGGUAUUACGCCGAUGGAGGUUUUUCUCCGGGAGCGGCAGGAUAAAACUCUCUCGGCGUAG